AUGAUCGCUCACUUCUCUUCUAGGCUUUAUGUAGCAUCUCAAGUGCGUGAUGGCAAUCUUGACGAAUUUUUCGAGCACGAGAAUCAAGCACAGAAUGGCGCCAUGAGAGCAACGAAGAAGGCCGAUCUUGUUACAUGCUUAGAAGAUCUU